CGGUGCGUGAGGUUCCCAACGGGGCGAGUCGGUUCUUGGUGAGCAGGAGGUCUCUCCACACGGACACACACACACUCCGGGACCGCACACACUCCGGGGCCGCACACACUCCGGGACCGCACACACUUGGGUUCACGGUUAGCAGGAGGUCUCUCCACCCCGGGACCACACACAGCCCGGGACCACACACACUCCCCCCGCCGUCCACAGCCAUGAGCGUGAAGAAGGGGAUCUCCUGCUCGGACCAGGACCCGGACUGCUUGCGCAUCACCCAGACCCUGUCCUCCUGGAACGACUCGGCCCCCUACCGCCUGGUGGACCUGACCCCUGCCCCGGUGACACUAGUGUCAGUAGUAGUAGUACUAGUGUCAGUAGCCCCGUCCCUCUCCCCCACGGCGGACGUCCCAGAACACGCCCACUACACCCUGGGAACGGUCGUCCUGCUGAUCGGAAUCACGGGCGUGAUUGGAAACUCCCUCGUGAUCUACGCCUUCUCCAAGAGCCGCUCCCUGCGGACCCCGGCCAACAUGUUCAUCAUCAACAUGGCGCUGGCCGACCUGCUGAUGUGCGUCACCCAGACGCCCACCUUCUUCAUCAACUCCAUGCACCGCAGGUGGAUCUUUGGGGAGAAAGCCUGUGAGGUGUAUGCGUUCUGCGGCGCUCUCUUCGGGAUCUGUUCCAUGCUGACUCUGACCCUCGUCGCCGCCGACCGCUUCUUCGUCAUCACGCGGCCGCUGGCCUCCAUCGGCAUGUUGUCACGGCGACGCGCCGGGCUGGUCCUGAUGGGGGCGUGGCUUUACUCCUUGGCCUGGAGCCUCCCCCCCUUCUUCGGAUGGAGUGCCUACGUCCCUGAGGGUCUGAUGACUUCCUGUUCCUGGGACUACAUGACCUUCAGCCCGGGGGUGCGCGCCUACACCAUGCUGCUCUUCAUCUUCGUCUUCUUCAUCCCCCUCUUCAUCAUCAUCUACUGCUACUACUUCAUCUUCCGCGCGAUUCGCUCCACCAACAGGGCGGUGGGCCGGGUGAACGGCAGCUGCUCCAGCCGGGGGUCCCGGGGGGGCGGCGGCCAGCGGCUGCAGACCGAGUGGAAGACGGCGAAGAUCGCCCUGAUCCUCAUCCUGCUCUACGUCCUGUCCUGGGCGCCGUACUCCGGGGUCGCCCUCACCGCCUUCGCUGGCUAUGCUGACAUGGUGACUCCGUAUAUGAAUUCCGUUCCUGCUGUGAUCGCCAAGGCCUCCGCCAUCCACAACCCCAUCAUCUACGCCAUCACACACCCCAAGUACAGGCUAGCGUUAGCGCGCUACAUCCCGUGUCUGGGACGCCUGCUGUGUGUUCCUCCUGCUGACCUGCGCUCGGCGGGCAGCAGCUUCUCCUCCACCCGCCGCUCCACCCUCAGCAGCCAGACGUCCGGCGGCAGCGCCCGGCAGCACAGCGCCAGGAAGUCCCGCCUCUCCUCCGCCUCCGACAGCGAAUCGGGCUGGACGGACACCGAGGCGGACGGCUCCAGCAUGGGGUCGCGACCCGCCAGCCGCCAGGUGUCAUGUGACCUCAGAGACACGGAGCUCCCAGAACACAGAGCGUCCGUCAGGAGGGAGAGGGAGGCCGAGGUGAGACCGGCUGCUGGGAAUACUGGUUCUACUGGUUCUGAUGGUUCUACUGGUUCUGAUGGUUUGGAUGGUUCUGAUGGUUCUGGUGGUUCGGAUGGUUUUGCUAGUUGCUCGUGUUCUUCAAGAGCGGGGACCCGGCUGAUGGUCAAAUGA